AUGGCAAAGAGUAGCAGCUCACAGGUGAUAACUUGCAAAGCGGCGAUAUGCUGGGGAAUAGGGGAGCCAUUGAAGGUGGAAGAGAUACAAGUAGAGCCACCAAAAUCUUAUGAAAUUCGUGUUAAGAUGUUACUUGCUAGUUUAUGCCAUACUGAUAUCCUUUGUACCAGAGGAUUCCCAGCUCCUCUUUUUCCUCGAGUCCUCGGCCAUGAAGGUGUUGGAAAGGUGGAAAGCAUAGGAGAAGGAGUAGAGGAUCUUGAAGAAGGAGACCUUGUGAUUCCAACCUUCCUUGGAGAGUGCCAAGAAUGUGAGAAUUGCAGAUCUGGGAAGACCAAUUUAUGCUUGAAGUACCCAUUAAUCCUCGAUGGGCUAAUGCUUGAUGGCACUGCAAGAAUGUCCAUUAAUGGACAAAAAUUACAUCACAUUUUCUCUUGCUCAACAUGGUCUGAAUACAUGGUGAUUAAUGCUAAUUAUGUCGUCAAGAUUAAUCCAAGUAUUGAUCUUGCUCAUGCAAGCUUCCUUUCAUGUGGAUUCUCCACUGGAUUUGGGUCAGCUUGGAGGGAAGCUAGUGUUGAGAAGGGAUCAAGUGUUGCUGUCAUUGGUCUAGGUGCGGUUGGAUUAGGGGCCAUAGAGGGAGCUAGAAUGCAAGGGGCAAGUAAAAUAAUUGGAAUAGACAAAAAUGAGAAGAAAAGAGAGAAAGGGGAAGCUUUUGGAAUGACUGAUUUUAUAAACCCAGAUGGAAAUUCCCAAAAACCCAUUUCGGAAUUGAUAAAAGACUUAACAGGUGGAAUGGGUGUGGAUUAUUGCUUUGAGUGCACUGGUGUUGCACCCUUUGUCAAUGAAGCCCUCCUAGCAACGAAACCAGGAAAAGGCGAAACAUUAGUGGUUGGUGCAGGAACUCAUCAAACUGUGCCCAUCAACUUCUUAUCUCUUUUGUGUGGUGGAACUUUGAAGGGUUCUAUUUUUGGAGGGCUCAAAAUUAAAUCUGAUCUUCCCAUUUUACUCGACAAAUGCAAAAAAAAGGAAUUCCUUCUGGAUAACCUUUUCACUGAUCAUCAUCAAGUUACAUUGAAAGAUAUAAACAAAGCUUUUGAACUAUUGAAGCAACCAGAUUGCAUCAAGAUCCUUAUCAAUAUUUGA